AUGGCAGCUGCUGCGGCGACCAUUGGGGCGCGGCGUGGUAGGCAGCGUGGCCAAGCGAUCGUGGUGGAACAGGAACUGCAAAGGAAAGCGGCAGAGAACCAGAUGAAGAAGCAGCAGAAGGAAAUGGCUCAGUCAAUCUUGGACAAGUACGACAAGGACAAAAAUGGAGUCUUGAGCUCAGAGGAGCUUCGGGCCAUGCUGGAAGACUAUUCCAUGCAUCGCUUCAAAGAAGAGGUCCACCCCUCCUCCGAGGACUUGAGCUUUCUUUUUGGUUUGUUCCACAAGAAGGGCGGCAAAGCCGACUGCAUUGAACGUGGUGAGCUCAUGAGCCUUCUCAGAGCUUGGGGAGACUUCAUGAAGAUGAAAGAGCUCGUUCACAAGCUGACGGAUACCUUUGACAAGGACGACAACAAAGCCAUUGACUUGGAAGAACUCCAGGACAUUUUGGAGUCCACCCACAAGGGCCCGGUGAAGAAGGAGGUCACCGACUGGGUCAUGCGCGAGGCGGACGUGAGCCGCAACGGCACCUUGAACCAUUUGGAGCUCGCGCGGGCGUUGUUGGCUUUUGAACUCCUUUGCAAGGGGGAACCCCACAUGCGCAAGGACUUGUCCGAAGGAUGGCGAAAGUGGGGAGAGGCCGUGGGGCACUGCCGGGCACAGCUUCCAGGUACAGCUUCCAGGCUACGGAAAGUCAUGGGCAUCAAACAACUGGGCAAAUUUCUCAAAAGCAGCUGCCCCAGCGCCAUGAACUCUCACUCGCCGGCAGCAGAGUACAAGGAUCAGACUGUGGCCAUCGAUGUCAGCUGUUGCUUGUACCAAUGCAUUACUGCCAUGGGGGACACUCCACGCGGCGUUCAGCCGGGGAGUGAGCUGGACACCAGCCAUAUUGCCGGGCUGCUCCGGCGAAGCAUCAGGCUGUUGGAGUUGGGCAUCAAGCCAAUCUUUAUUUUUGAUGGCGAAGCCCCUAUGAUGAAGAGCCAUGUGCUCCAGCAGCGGGAGAAGAAUCGCGCCAAGUCCAGAGAGCUUCUGGAAGAGGCCCAGGCGAUGGGCGAUCAAGAAGCCAUGAAACGCUAUGGCGCCAGGAUUUGGUGCAUCGUUGGUUCCACGCUCUCCUUGCUGCUGUUGGGACUUGCCUUGCAGUGGGAGUUCCUGGGGCCCCUACUGCUCUCCAGCUUUUCGGAGCGGAGCGAACAACCCGCGCUGACAGAGGUGAUCUCGCGGCUGGACGCCCUUGAACGGAACGUCUUGGAACUGCAAGAAGGGCUAACGAUUCUGCGAGAAAAACUCAUUUUGGACAAGUCGGUCAAGAAGAAACCCCCUGGAUGGUUCAAGCGUCGUCCUGGCCCAAAUCGCACUGGUGAUCGCAUGGGCAAGCGUAAAACCAUGUCUCCGGAAUGCGCUCAGUUCUACACGUCCCUUCUUCCAGUGACGGAUGGCAGAAAUACUACUUGCCGGCGCUUUCACUUCGUGCAUGUGGGCAAGAAUGGCGGCACCGCGCUCGAAAGCUGGCUGACUGAAAACCACUUGGAAUGUCUCAUUGCCCCGAUCUCCUUCGGACACGUAGAUAUGGAAGUGGCGUUUCCCAAACGCAUGCGCGGGACCUGCUACUUGACCUUCGUGCGAGAUCCAGUGGAGCGCUACGUGUCGGGUUUCCUGAGCCGCUGGCGGGAAGGCUGUCCUGCACAUUGCACGCCUUGGACCCGGGCAGAGGAGCGGGUCUUCCAGAUGUUUCAGACACCGAACGACUUGGCAGAAGCAUUCUCGAGUGAUGAUCCACUACUUCAGAAGGAGGCCAAUAUGGCGCACGCGACCAUCUUCCAUCUCUAUCGCGGAUUUGCCAGCUACUUUCCCUAUGGUAAGACGAUGAUGCCCUACGUGAUUUAUGCGGGGCUCACUUGCCAUAUGGACACAGAUGCCGUGCAGCUUCUGAGAGCCAUGGGUCUUCCCAAAGAGAUGACGGAGAAGCUCACGCCAGUGUCAAGGGUGCACGAGAAUCCAGAAGAGCACAAACAUUUGCACGAACUUUCCCCGGUUGCCAUGGCAAACGUCAGAAAGAAGGUGCACGCGGACUAUGAGAUCAUGAGGCUGUUCGCUCAGGAAGGCCUUCUUCCUUCAGAGAAUGUCUCAGCCCUCUGCAAGUGA